AUGCCAAAGACUCCUCCUCUUCUGAUGCCUACUGUAAGAGAUGGCUAUCUAAGUAGAGAUUACCAAUACAAUGAUACUGGUCUAUGGCAAAGAGCAUCCCAGGAAGACAAUCCAUACGAUCCCAGCUGGACCCCUGAUCCACUUUGUGAAACUGAGCAAGAGGCCACUCAAGAAUACAGAACGAUCUUUAAUCAAAAUGGAAUCUAUGGAUCCCACUCAGAGACAAGCACUCUAGACCAUUUGGAACCAUCUCAGCCUCAGCACAUAAAUGAAUCCAAGCAUUUACCAAACUCUACCAUCCCCUCUGUGCUGAGCGAGGAAGCAGCUGAAAUCAGAGAAAUGAUCAAUAUCCUAUUGGUAAAUACUUUGGACAUCAUUCGUCAGACAGAAGAAGGCCAAAACGGGCUGUUGGAUAGACUGCGAAACCACAGUAGAUUCUUGGAAUCCAGAGGACAAAGUAUUACCAUAAUCUGGCAAAACAUCCGAUCACACGCAAUUAGUAUCACAGAAGUACCUCACAGGGACCUUGAAUUCACCCGUCAAGAAACUAAUCUGGGAGGUCAACAAAGACCCGAGUAA